AUGCCUCAAAAACCACUUAAAGUUACCAAGAAAGCCAAGGACCCACGUAGGGUCACAAAGAAGCAGAAAAAUUUAAGAAAAGCUGCCCCAUUGCAGUUAAAAUCAAAAAAGAAAUCUUUACAACAUCUAAAGAAAUUAAAGAAGAGUUCCUCUCUUACCGAAACCACUGAAAGAUUAGUUGCGAGUAAAGUUGGGCAUUUGGAGUUGUUGAGAGGUACUAGAAAAGAGUUGGAAAAGAGUAAGAAAAACUCUAAAUGA